GUUGUGCUCGAACAAACAACCGGGUCAGCUCACAGCUCACAGCUCACCUGUCCAAAUUCCACUUUCACUUCUCAAAUCUCAAUUAUUCCCAGUCUCCCUUCUUCCUCUCCCAGUCUCCCCUUCUUUUCUCCCAACCAAUUUCAACUCAAUCCAACACUCUCAGCAAAAUCCCCACAAACAACGCCGUUUCAUCCUGCCUCUGGCUCUAUCCCUAUAUUUCCUCCGAUCCUCGCAAUAGCAACUAAACGACAAUAAUGGAUCCACCUUUCAACCAAAACGACGUCGUUUCAUCCUCACACACUCGCCACCACCACUCUCCCACCCUUAUGUACUUCCCUUCUUCCGAUGACGACGAUGAUAACGACGUCGUUACGCCCUCAGCUGCUUCCAUCCACUCCACCACCAAGCGCCUCGACUGCAUGCUCCAGUUUCUCGACCGCAAGCUCUCCACCUCCACCGCUCCCUCCUCCGACCAAAGUAGCAACCGGCCGAUGCGGGAAUUCGUCUCCCGAGGCGGCGGCACAGGAAUCUUCCGCCUCCCACCCCGCGCGGCGGUCCAUCCCUUGCGGCCGCCUAGUCUCGAACUCCGGCCUCACCCUCUCCGCGAGACGCAGGUCGGUCGGUUCCUGAGGGCGAUUUCCGGCACGGAGUCGCAGCUGUGGGCGGCGUCGGAAUGUGGCGUGAGGUUCUGGAACUUUAAAGAUCUGUAUUCUUCUUGGGAAGAAGGAGAUGGAGAUGGAGAAGGAGGAGGAGGAUGCAACGUUAGGGUUGGGGACGAAGAGAGUGUGCCGUUUCGGGAAUCAGUAUGGACGUCGGCGGCGAUGUGCUUGGUGGCGGACGAUGGGAACAGAGUAGUGUGGAGCGGGCACAGGGAUGGAAGAAUAAGGUGCUGGGUGAUGGACGGUGGUGAUGGUGACGGUGAUGGUGAUCGUGUGGUUUUCGAGGAUAAUAGGAAGUUGAGGAAUCCUUUCAAGGAGUGCUUGUCUUGGCAUGCUCAUAGAGGACCUGUUCUCUCCCUCACUAUAACCUCUUACGGGGAUCUAUGGUCGGGUUCGGAAGGAGGAGCUAUAAAGAUAUGGCCUUGGGAAGCUCUUGAGAAAUCUAUUUGUCUUACGAAGGAGGAGAGGCAUAUGGCUGCCAUUAUGGUGGAGAGGUCCUAUGUUGACUUAAGGAGCUAUCUGCCAGCAAAUGGCUCCAAUAAUAUGCUAACUUCAGAUAUAAAGUACUUGGUAUCUGAUAAUUCAAGAGGCAAUGUUUGGAGUGCUGGUUAUUUUUCAUUUGCUUUGUGGGAUGCUCGUACAAGAGAGUUACUGAAAGUUUUCAAUACAGAUGGCCAAAUUGAGAAUAAGUUGGAGGUAUCCUCAAUACAAGACGUUUCAGUUGACCUCAUUUCAGCUUCUAGGAAAGACAAAACACAAAGUUCCAUUGGGUUCUUUCAGCGCUCACGCAAUGCCAUAAUGGGGGCAGCAGAUGCUGUUCGUCGAGUUGCAGCAAAAGGAGGCUUUGGGGAUGAUAAUCGGAGAACUGAAGCACUGGUGGUAACAAUGGAUGGAAUGAUUUGGACAGGGUGUUCGAGUGGCUUAUUGGUUCAGUGGGAUGGAAAUGGCAAUCGUAUACAGGAUUUUUUAUACCAUCCAUUUGCUGUUCAGUGUCUGUGUACAUACGGCAUGCAAAUUUGGGUAGGUUAUGUGAGUGGUACUGUCCAGGUAUUGGACCUGAAGGGUAAUCUGAUUGGGGGAUGGGUUGCUCAUAGCAGUCCAAUUCUAAACAUGACGAUUGGAUCUGGUUACAUAUUUGCAUUGGCUAACCACGGUGGUAUACGUUGUUGGAGCAUUACCUCCCCAGGACCUCUUGAUGGCAUAUUGCGAUCAGAAUUAAGUGGCAAAGAAUUUUUAUAUACUAAGGUGGAAAAAUUAAAAAUAUUGUGUGGCACUUGGAAUGUUGGACAAGGGAAAGCAUCUCAAGAUUCCCUUACUUCAUGGCUAGGCUCUGUGGCCUCAGAUGUUGGCAUUGUUGUUGUUGGGUUGCAGGAGGUUGAAAUGGGUGCUGGAUUCCUGGCGAUGUCUGCAGCUAAAGAAACUGUAGGAUUAGAGGGAAGUUCUGUUGGGCAGUGGUGGCUGGAUAUGAUAGACAAAACAUUGGAUGAAGGUUCAACGUUUGAACGUGUUGGAUCCAGGCAACUUGCCGGCAUGGUCAUUGCUGUGUGGGUUAAAAUCAACAUCAGAUUUCAUGUGGGGGAUGUUGAUGUGGCAGCAGUUCCAUGUGGCUUUGGACGAGCUAUUGGCAAUAAGGGAGCUGUUGGUUUGAGGAUUAGAGUAUAUGAUAAAAUAAUGUGCUUUGUUAAUUGCCACUUUGCUGCACAUUUAGAUGCAGUCAACCGUCGCAAUGCAGAUUUUGAUCAUGUGUACCGAACAAUGUCCUUUGGCCGGCCAACAAGCCUAUCAUAUACUGCAGCUGCUGGCACUUCAUCUGUUCCGAUAUUUCGUGGCACAAAUUCCGCAGAAGGGAUUCCCGAAUUAUCUGAGGCAGACAUGAUUGUAUUUCUUGGUGAUUUUAAUUAUCGUCUUGAUGGCAUUUCAUAUGAUGAGGCAAGAGAUUUUGUUUCUCAAAGAUGCUUUGAUUGGCUUCGAGAAAGGGACCAGCUUCGAGCAGAAAUGGAAGCUGGCAAUGUCUUCCAAGGAAUGCGUGAAGCAGAAAUAACUUUUCCUCCGACGUACAAGUUUGAACGACACCAAGCUGGCUUAGCGGGGUAUGAUUCCGGUGAAAAGAAACGCAUCCCUGCUUGGUGUGACAGAAUUUUGUAUCGUGAUAGUCGCGCAUCUUCAGUGGCUGAGUGCAGUUUAGAGUGCCCCAUUAUCGCUUUUGUAUUGCAGUACGAAGCCUGCAUGGAUGUGACAGAUAGUGACCACAAGCCUGUGCGCUGCAUAUUUUCAACGGAUAUUGCUAGAGUAGAUGAGUCCAUCCGGAGACAGGAAUUUGGAGAGAUUAUUGAAUCAAAUGAGAAAAUUAGAUGUCUAUUGAAAGAGUUAUGCAAGAUUCCUGAUACUAUCAUUAGUACAAAUAACAUAAUCCUUCAGAACCACGACACUUUAAUUUUGCGCAUUACAAACAAAUGUGCUGACGAAGACGCCUUUUUUGAAAUGAAAUGUAAAGGCCAGCGUACCAUUAAUGAGGAUCAGAAGCUGUCUAACCAUCAGUUGAGAGGUUCCUUUGGCUUCCCAAGGUGGCUUGAGGUAAUUCCUGCAACUGGAUUGAUAAAACCAGACCAUAUUGCUGAGGUAUCAGUGCACCAUGAAGAAUUUCAGACUCAGGAAGAAUAUGUUGAUGGCAUUGUACAAAACUCCUGGUGUGAAGACUCCAGAGACAAAGAAGCUAUUUUGUUUGUUAAGGUGCAUGGUAAGUACACUACCCAGACAAGAAAUCACCGUGUCCGUGUUCACCACUGCUAUUCAUCCAAGAAAAGUCCGAUAGGCUCUCAACCAAACAGCUCCAGGCCUGUCCAAGGAGGUGUACUGCACCGUUCUGAUUUUCAACGCUUGAGCAGUUCAUAUGAUGUUGUUGACCAGCUACAAAAACUGCAUAACCCUUAAAGUAACAACUGAUAGAGCUUGAUGUUCAACUUGUAAUCAUCACUUAUCAGUCAAUUGAACUGUACAGAGAAAGCAAAUGCAAUGCAAGUGAAGCAAGGCAACAUUGUUUUAGAUUCAUUAUUGAUUUAUUCAGAGACUCUUCCAAUUUAUUCUGUAAAUGAGUACGUUCUAUACCACAAAUAGCAACUGACAGGGGGAAUCCGGUGUCAUGAUUAGUGUUCAGUUAUCAUCGCUAUAAUGUUGAGUUUGCCUUUCGGAUGAUAGGUGCUUCCAACAAAUAUUUCGAGUUUCUGUUA